GCUCCUCUCCCUUCCGGGAUCCGGACACGGUGGUGGUUGUUGGGCUCCUCGUUCCGCUGGUCCGUCGUCGCCAUGGUGAAGCUGAGCAAAGAAGCCAAACAGAGGCUGCAGCAGCUCUUCAAGGGCGGCCAGUUUGCCAUCCGCUGGGGCUUUAUUCCUCUCGUGAUUUACCUGGGAUUUACAAGGGGUGCAGAUCCUGGAAUGCCUGAACCGUCGGUUUUAAGCCUACUUUGGGGAUAAAGGACUGUUUGAACAUCUGGAUUUGGACGCGAUCCAACAUGGAAGGUGUAUACUCCAGCUGGACAAGAAAGGAGACGUCAUUUCAACGAUUCUGUGGCAGAGUGGAGGAGCCUAUACUGAUUUAUGAUAGACUAUCAAAAUAAAUAUUUUUAACAAUGUAAUAUUUUGCCUUUCAUACUUUUUGAAACCUAUGUGUGUGUGUCUCUCUCUUGGUAUGUAUGUUUAUAUUAUAUUGUACCAGUGUAGAAGUAAGAGGACAAACUACUGCAGAAAUUUGUUCUCUCCUUCUACCAUGUGGUCUGAGGAGGUAACUUGGUAGCAGAUGUUUUGACCCACUGAAGCUAUCUGUCUGGUCUGCCUUGAUCUUCUUGGAUUAAGUAUGCUGGGACUAAUAGAUGAGGUUCAAGCGUUUUAUUACAUCUUUCUUUAGAACAGAAAAUCUAUGUGUGUGCUUGAGUACUGCCUUAAAAGUAAAAGCCUUUCCUAGGGAGUUCCUGGUUGGUCAUUUGUCAGGUGCAGUUCCCUUUUGCAGAUCAUCAGCCUCAGAAACGUUCCAAGUCAGGAGAGGAGGCAUGUCAGUUUUGGACAUCUUGGACGUGAAGCUAACUGUAAGAAAUGACGGUUUAGUGUUUGCACUGCUAGGGGAUAGGAAUAGUGUUGGGGGAUUGUGCCUAAUUUAUUUGUAGAUUAAAUGAGUCUAGAAUUUUCUUCAGGUGUAAGCAAAGUAGAGCUGGCUUUGGCCGAGGCUCAAUACAGCACUUUCUCCCAGUAGAAGAAAAGACAGCUAAUGGAAUGAGUCAUGUCUUUCACUGCUUUCCUGGGACUUUCUGUAUUUUGUUUUGGCCUUUAAAUAAAACUGUUUAGCAUCA